AUGGGCUUCUCCAGCUUUUUUAAACGCGGCCCUUCCGCCGAACAGCAGAUUCAAGACGCUGGGUUCGAGAUCUCCGAGUGCUCUGAGGAAUGCGAAACGUGUACCAGCAGUUUCCCCAAAAGUCUCUCUUUCAAAGACGAUGACAGUGCCUCGCUUUUUGGCUCCACGUCGCCCUACGGCUUGCACGUGGUGGUGCCUACCAAUAGAUCAGAUUGGGCCCAUGACGCCACGGGCAAAUCUGGGACCCUCGCCCACACUGUGGCAAAAUGGGCCGGCAGUGCCAAGUUUCCAGGGUUGGGCGAAAACUCGAAGAUCAAGGUCACGGUAAGCUCGCUUUCUUCGUUGAAGUUGGAGACCGAUGCCGAGUACAUGGACCAGAAAAGAGGUGACGUGUUGCUUCUCCCCUUCUUUGUCUGGGUGAGGAACAUCUCGCUCGAAAGUGCCCCGGGCGUGCUUGACAAAGUUGUUCCCAGCUUGAUCAACUUUCGGGACCAGGGGCUUGCGGACUUGCCGGCUCUAUCCUACUCCGGAUUCCCUGAAGUCGAUAUCCGGCCCGACCCAAGCAAGUCGUACGUCUUCCUCUGCUCGCAUCGCACAAGAGAUAAGAAGUGUGGCGUGACGGCGCCCAUCAUGAAGCGAGAAAUGGACAUGCACUUGAGAGACGUUGGGCUCUAUCGUGACACCAACGACGAUAGACCAGGCGGAGUGCAGGUGGCAUUUGUGAACCACAUUGGUGGCCACAAGUAUGCCGCCAACGUGCUUAUUUAUAACAAGAACUCGGGCAAAAACAUCUGGUUGGCCAGGUGCAGACCGCAGAAUGUGGUGCCAAUCAUCGACGAGUGUGUGAUUGGAGACGGCAAGGUGUGGCCGAAUAAGGUCAGACAGGUGCAAAAGUUCAAGGCCAUAGAAUGGUAA